AUGGCCGAAAUCGAGAACCACUUCACAGUCUUCAUCCGUCUCCCCUUCAACCGUGGUGACUUCGUCGAUCCUCCCCGGGUGGCUUGGUCCGCCGCCAAAGAACGAGCACUGUGGGAUGUCAUGUCCCGGCAGUCCAAGAACAACGAGAUCGACUGGAAGGCUCUAUCGGAGAAAUUCGAAGUCACCCAACCGUUCCUCCUCCAACAGGCUGCAUGGCUCUAUGAGCGCCAACUGUCCCAAGUUCGGGCCCAGAUGCGCCGAGUGGGAAACAGACAGUCCGCCACGCCCUCCCCGGCUCCAGGAUCAGCUUCCGCCAGCAUGGUGGGUGGCCAGGCGAUGAAGAGAGCGGGUAGUGGUGGGUCACGUGUCCCUUCACGGUUGUCGACCCAGCACCUUGGAAGUCCUGUCGCUGGGGGAGGGGACAGCACGCCAGGAACGCCUGCUAAGAGCAGGACUUCUCUACCAUUCCGGAACACAUCGGGGGCUGUUGCAGCGGCCGGUGGUCCACAGACCAGGGGGGCGUCCGGGACGUCGAGGCCCUUGUCAAGGCAGUCGUCCAAGGAUGCCGAGGCGCCGCAAUCUAGAAGAGGCAGCAUCCAGCAUCCAUUGGCGAGGUCGCCGGGUCAGACGCGCAGUAACCAGCCUCAAUCAUCUGACUCAGAAGACGAAAUGACUCAAUCCCGUAUGAUGGCUCGUCGACCCAACCCGUCGUCGAUGCACCGGCGCGUUCUCUCCUACAGAAAAGACCUCCAAUCCCAGAAAGGCACCGCUGGCAACCUGGACGAGAAGGGUCCGACGCAAAACCCACCUUUGCACGACGAGGACGAAGACGAGGAAGACGAGCCAUCUUUCCUCCCUUUUGCCAAUCCCGCACCCGACAACAAGCCCCGACCGUCAUCUUCCUCUCAACAGGAUCCCAGCGCAACGUUACGAGGUGGCCUGCAAACCCAGCGCCCUGGCAUCCAGCGUCGUACGACAUCUGAACGCGUCGUCUCGUCUCCAACCGUCGAGCCGCCCACUCCAGUUCAGACGCAACGAAACCCAUCAACCAUGACAUCCUCGACUUCUUCCCUGUCUUCCCCUACCCACGCCACAGCUCCAAACAUGACCUCAACUCGACCCCCGCCUCGAACCGAUGCUCAAUACUCCUCGCAGGGUCACCCACCGACGCAGCCGCCCGCCAUCCCUAGGCUCGGCACACCAUUGUCUCCUCAACACCGCGCCCUCCUCCACAGCCACAGCCACUCUCAGUCGGCAUCAGCAGGCGCCUCGCCGCGCCGCCAUGGCACCGGCCCCGGGUCUGACACGUCGCCUUCUAUGGGCUCCUCCUUCUCCGACCUGGACGACACGAGCGUGACGCAAUCGGCGUUGGAAGAAGCAUUGUUGAGCGGCAUGGGGAACACCACAAUGACGACGCAUUUUGGAGGAUUUGGAGGACGAGUCACGAGUGGAAUCGGACAGGCGUUGAGGUCUCGGUAUUUCGAUGCUAGGGGCGGUGGUGACGGUCGUGGAGGCGGAUCAGGUGGUGGCGGUGGUUCCGCACCUAGUAAUGUCAGCGAGAGAUGA